UGUCAGGAUCUAACGGUUGAUAAGUGACCUUGUAGCACUUGAUGCGUUUGACUCUCUGUGUCUCUCAUGGCAGUCGGGACUGGACACCUUCACCUCCUGCGGCAGGUAAGCAACACAGUCAGACCAUGUGAGCAAGCAGCAUGGUUCUUACAUAUCAAAGCAUUCACCAGGAAUAUUUAUAGAUUAUGGGUUUGGGUAGAGAGGCAGCUGUGCUUUGUGGAAAUUAGCAGUGAUUUUAUUAUGUAUCGGCGUACAGUCUAAUAACAUGAAGACUCCCUACUUGAACAGAUUUAUUAGUCGGUCUGUAAUAAUACUUAUGGUGCAACCUACUGGCAACAGGAAAUACGCGUUGUUUUACAACUAUCAUCCAAUUUACAGUAAGUUUUCCCAGUGUGAUGUGCAAUUGAUAGUGUUGACCCAAUUGAGCAAUUAGCAGGCCAGAAUCGACAUCACGUUACGGACGCAGGAAGGGAAGCGUUUAUGUGCUCGGGCCCGUUCAGUGCUGCUCUUCAGUCCUCGAAAUUGUUGUUUAUUUUUGGUUUUACUGUCGGGGUUGUUUAAUUUAAUUAUUGAGUAUUUCCACUUCACUGUCUUGUACUUUUACUUGUAAUGGAAUAUUACUUUACUGUCUAGGUACUUCUACCUCAGUGAAUGAUUUGAAUUCUUCUUCUACCAUUGGUUGAGUUUAUUUUGUUGCUUAUACUUUAGUACUUGUUUACUUGUACCAGAGUAUUUCUACUGUGCAGUAUUAGUACUUUCGUUUCCUCUUCGUCCUCCAGUCCAACAGGGGUCCCUGCUGGCUCGGAGCUCGGAGUCUCUGGCUUCCUCUGUCCCCUCAGAGACUCAGAGUGGGGAGGAAGGAGGAACAUGUCGGCCGUGCAGCUGCUGCGGGUGUCGGUACAUGAGCGGAUCAGCGCUGCCGCUGAAGACUUCCUGCUGCAGGUGGAGAAAGGAGGAGGAAAGGCUUAAGUCCUGGAGCUGAGAGCGAUGCUCACCGAGCGGCUCGCGGGGGCGGGGGAGGAGAUCCUCACGAGGCUUGAGGAAACCGUGGCUGGGUACGAGGACCGAGUGGAGCGGUCCGAGCGGGAGAGGAGGGUGAUCGAUGCCGCGAUGCAGCCCGUAGUCCGGCUGCACAGAGCAGUGUGUCCUGCAGACGUCCAGCAACUGAUGGUGAUAAAAGAAGAGGUUCCCCCUGAGCAGCCGCAGAGGAACCCUCUUGUGGACCAGGAGGACCCAGAGCCCCCCCUCAUUAAAGAGGAACAGGAGGAACCGUGGACCAAUCAGGAUGGACAGCAGCUUCAAGGACUGGAGGAGGCUGAUAUCAAGUUCACAUUGACUCCUGUCGCUGUGAUGUGUGAAGAAGAUGAAGAGAAACUUAAAUCGUCAAAGCUUCAUCCGAGUGAGAGGAAGGAGAACAAAGCGGACUGUGGAGGACCAGAACCAGCCAGGAACUCAGGUCCUGAUGGAUUUUUACAACAAGGUCCUGAGGAUAAGAAGGAAGACUCUUCUGAGACUGAAGAGAGUGAGGAUGAUUGGCUGGAGACCAGGGAACCUCAGACUGGCUUAAAUACAAGAAACAACAAACGGCCUCUAAGUGAUAUGGGAUGUAAGACAGAGAAAAAAUCGUUUAGUUGCUCUGAGUGUGGUAACAGAUUUAACCUAAGGGGCAAUCUAACUAAACAUAUGACGAUUCAUACAGGAGAGAAACCGUUUAGUUGCUCUGAGUGUGGUAAAAGAUUUAGCCAAAGGGGCAAUCUAAAUAAACAUAUGAGGAUUCAUACAGGAGAGAAACCGUUUAGUUGCUCUGAGUGUGGUAAAAGAUUUAACCAAAGGGGCGAUCUAUAUAAACAUAUGACGAUUCAUACAGGAGAGAAACCGUUUGGUUGCUCUGAGUGUGAUAAAAGAUUUAGCCUACGGAGCCAUCUAAAUAAACAUAUGAGGAUUCAUACAGGAGAGAAACAGCUUAGUUGUUCUGAGUGUGGUAAAAGAUUUAGCCAAAGGGGCAAUCUAAAUAUACAUAUGAGGAUUCAUACAGGAGAGAAACAGUUUAGUUGCUCUGAGUGUGGUAAAAGAUUUAACCAAAGUGGCGAUCUAAAUAGACAUAUGAGGAUUCAUACAGGAGAGAAACCGUUUUGUUGCUCUGAGUGUGGUGAAAGAUUCAACCGAAGGGGCAGUCUAAAUAGACAUAUGAGGCUUCAUACAGGACAACAACAGUUUAGUUGAUCUGAGUGUGGUAACAGAUUUAAGAUUCAGUUCUAUCAACGAGACAUGUGAGGAUUCAUAAAGGAGAGAAUUGAUUCAGUUGCAACCUUUGCAACAAAAGAUUUAUUAGGAUUUAUCAGCAGAUAUUCAUAGUAUACAUAUUCGUAGUUCACUGUUUUAAUUAGACUAUUAACAGUUUUUAUGUCCCUAGAAAAUAUAACUCAUUGAAUAACACAAUGUGUAUCUAAAAAAUGAAUCUUGAUAGGAGAAAUAAGCAACUGAGUGAAUUAAUUAAUUUCCCUUUUUGCUAUUCAACCUGCUGAGUCAUUUAGCUUCUCCAUUCAACCUCUCCAUUUCGUGACACUUUUGGCCUUGUGCUGAUAAAACAAGGUAAAACAAAGCAAAUUGGCCAAAAAAUCGAAUUUCAUUUAGUUCUUUAAUAAUAUUGAUAACGUUUUUGAUAUAACAAGGGAUAAUACAAUGAAAGUCAAAAGGGAUCAAUAACACAGUUGAAUGCUCAGAUUCAUUUGACUCUGAUAUUUCUUUGAGAAAAAACAAGACUCAUUGAAACUCACUUUUAUCGUCUGCUAAAAAGGCACAAGGAAGCUGAUUGGAGCACGGCAGUAACUUAUCAAUGAUCAAACAUUACACAGUCAUCCAAUGAAACUCUGCAUUAGUAAAUAAAAAGGCUGAUGUUGAGGAAAAGUUAAGACGAAAAUAAACGUUUGCAAGAAGCAAAUAAAUCAAAUUCUUUGUUUGAUAACAUGAACAAAAGUAUCUCAACAAAAUAGCAAUGAUACCUACAAAUCCCUUGAGAGAACACAAUGAAUGUGUAUCAUUAAGAGCUGAUUGAGACACAUUAAAAACAUUGUGAACAGCAGCUCAAGACAGAAAGUUCAUCGGUCACCUACUGCCGGGACGAUAUGUCAAGUACUGUGAAGUAUUUUCUAACGAUGCUUCUAUAACAAGAGGGAUAAAUCUUUAUACAUCAUUUUAAUCUUCCUUCAGAACCCUGUACAGUACAAUCUCUCAAAUCUAUAAGAUGAGACAACAAACGAUGGCUUCAGAUAACAAUCAAAAGUGCAAAUGUCUGUCUAUAAGAUGAGCGGAUUUAUAUUAUAAAAAGUUUUUACAGCAUCUAUUUUAUAACAUGAUCUGUUUGCAAAUGUAGAUAUUGAUUUUUUUUCAUAAUAUGUGAUUGUAUAGAGAAGAAUAGAGGAAAUGAUACUCAGUGUAUGUGUUGAAGGUGGGAUGUAAAGGAGUGGUUUGAGCGUGGUGGAAAAAACUCUCAGGGAGACUCAGCGAUGAAGGUGAAUAAAGGGAAUUAUUUAUUAUCCCAUAAUAAGGCCGACAAGGCAGAAUUAACUAGAAAAAUAUAUAAUUAAAAAAAAAAAAGAGCAAGAAAAAACAAACACUUGCAAAUAAAAAAAAUAAAGCGGCACGUGGGCCCAAUACAAUACAAAUACCAAUAUACUUCUCAGCAUAACACUUUCAAGGGGCGCUCUCAGACUUACGUCCUUCUCUUAGCUUCCCCCCCUACAGACUAAACCCACAGGCUUAUAUGUGAUCGAACCCCGCCCCCACAGUUGGAACAAUCCAACAUACAAUCAAACACAGGGGUGUCACAGGUAAAAAAUCCCCCAAAGCUUUAACAGCUUAUCCCACAAAUUCUUUGACAAGACAAAUACUUUGCAACCUAUUAACUGCACAAUUCCCCCAAGAAGGCAUAGCAAACUAAUAAAAUAUCAUUCUAAACAAAAAGUAAAAUACUCCUCGGGUUCACUUCCGGCUAACCCGGAAGUCGAACGCCUAUUUACUUCCGCGUCACCGGGCGCUCGCCUUUCACAACAAACGAAGACGCGACGCUGAACCACGGUAAAACAACGCUGUGCAAUAUGCAAUUAAUGUGACCUUUUAAACUAAAUAAACAGAACAUUUAUAACAUAA